AUGGCUGACUCUUUGAAGUGGAUCUGGCCACGGCUGCGACCCGCCGUACUGUUUCACACGUUCUUCAUGGUCGUGAAGCCUGGACACGAGAACUCUGGAUCCUCCAUCUGCUCGGUGUCCGCUACACACGGCCCUCUGGAGAUGCCCCUUUUCCAGAUCAUUCCCUCCCAGAGGCAGCUUGUUUUUCGGGGGGACGGGCUGCCGCUGCAGUGCACCGCCUCCUACGUCGACCCAUCGGUAGAGCUGCAGUGGCGUCACAAUGGCCACGCUGUGACCACGCAGGAGGAGUGGGGCGUGCACGUGGAGGAGAGCCUGCUCCAUGACUGCUGCCUGCUCACCAGCGAAGUCGUCCUGUCCAACAUCGAUGUGGGCGUCGCUGGCAGCUGGGAGUGCCUGCUGACUUCAUCCAGAGGAAACGUGUCCAAGCAAAUGGACAUCGUUGUAGUGGAGACAUCAGCUCCUUCCUGCCCGGCGGACAGAGUCACUAACAACAAGGGAGACUUCAGGUGGGCUAAGACAUUAGCUGGUAUCUUGGCCUUCCUGCCAUGUGCUCCUGCAGCCUUUGGUUCUGCCGGCGCUGCUCAGCCCUCCGGCCAGAAGAAGAAGGCGUGGCGCCGCUGUGAUCCAGCCGGGCGAUGGGCGGAGGAUGACUACACUCAGUGUCCGUACGCCAGCCAACUGACCCGUGUGUUGCACGAGCUCACACAGACACCCAUCAACGCCACCAACGCUCAGCCCGUGGGCCAGCAGUUGGUGGCGCUCACCAGCAGGGCGGCGCACUUCACUGAUGUCAUGGAGGUUAUCUUUGUCACCCACCUGGUGGAAAGACUGACACGGCUGCUGCAAAAACAGGACGAACUGGGGGACUGCAUACCGGACAUAGCCAGCAACAUGAUGCAGGUGGAGGAGCACGUCUUGUGGAUGGCACAGAACGAGGCCCGGGCGUGCACGCGGAUCGUCCAGUGUGUGGAACGAAUCGCUGACUUGGCGCUCACCGGAGACAGACGAGGCAUUUCUAAGGUAUCUGCUAACAUCGCUCUGGAGGCCUUCCUGAUCCAGCCGUCAGACUUCCAGGGUUUAUCCUGCACCGUGCUCCAGCAGUCUCACACGUCCGCGGCCUCGCCUUUCGCUCACAGCCGACUCCACCCCGACGAGGACGAGCGUGCAGAACUCGACGCCACGAGAGAGUCCUCGCUCAGUUUUAGAUGUCACGCCGUCAACAGCAGCGACUCACCGGUCAGCCAGCUCAGUAAGAACUCGGUCGCCUCCAUCCUCUUCCCGCCGGCCGCUCGCAGCGCGCGUGCCUCCUCCUCUGCGCACGGCUCGGCUCCGUGCAGGCUGCAGCUCGUGGCGUUCCGCGAUGGGAAACUCUUCCCCUGCACCGGAAACUCCUCCAAGCUGGCAGACGACGGGAAGCGCAGGAGCGUCUCCACACCAGUUGCUUUCACCAAAUUAGAUGGCUGCAGCCUCGGGCUCAGCGCCGUCACCGUCGCGCUCCGGCACCGGGCUCCGGGUCUAGACCCCGCCGCGGCCCACUGGGACUUCGAGCUGCUGGAUGGACGCGGCGGCUGGAGGCCGGAGGGCUGCCACAUAACCGCGUCUGGGGGCGACACCACCACCAUCCUCUGCAGCCAGCACAAUAAGAACUUAGCCGUGCUAAUGGAUCUGAAGAAGGUGCUGUCGUUCCCCCCCUACCCCGGGGAGUUUCUGCACCCGGUCGUGUACGCCUGCACGGCUGUCAUGCUGCUCUGCCUCUUCGCCUCCAUCAUCACCUACAUCGUGCACCACAGGUAA